GGCAGUGUCAGAAUCACGUGUCUGCAUAUGGCCGUGAAGAAAGAUCAGCGCGAACUCUGCACCCUUCUUCUGGACGCUGGUGCUUCUUUGCAUGUGGUCGACGAGGACGGAAACACACCCUUGCAUUACACGUAAUCGACCGGAGAUAACGGAUCUACUGUUAUCGCGAGGUGCAGCCGUCGAUGCUGUCAAUAACGACAAAUGUAAUGCUCUGCAUGAGGCCGCGUUUAAAGGUCAGCGCGAGAUCUGCACCCUCCUUUUGGACGCUGGUGCUUCAUUGCAUGUGGUCGACAAGAACGGUAACACGCCCUUGCAUUUCGCAGCACUUAGUAAACGGCCGGAGAUAACGGAUCUACUGUUAUCGCGCGGUGCAGCCGUUAAUGCCGUCAACAACGACAGACGUAGUGCUCUGCAUGUGGCCGCGCUGAAUGGUCCCCGCGAGCACUGCACCCUCCUUUUGGAUGCUGGUGCUUCUUUGCAUGUGGUCGAUGGGGCCGGAGAUACGCCCUUGCAUUGCGCGGCACUCGGCAAUCAGUCGGAGAUCACGGAUCUGCUGUUAUCGCGAGGAGCCUCCGUUGGUGUCGUUGACAAUUACGGAUUUAGUGCUCUGCAUGUGGCUACUCUGAAAAGCCAGCGAGAGCUCUGCAUCCUCCUUUUGGAUGCUGGUGCUUCUUUGCAUAUGAUCAACGUACAAGGAAACACACCCUUGCAUUGCGCAGCAAUUGGUGCAACAAAAAAAUUGGUUACACGCGCGCGACAUUUGGUGGAUGUGAAAAUGGAGGACGGAUUCGCAGCGUUGCAUGUAGCGGCACUGCUCGGAUGCAGAGAAGUCGCAGCCAUUCUCCUCUCGCAGAAUGGUGGCCGCGCGACGGUCGAUUUGCGCAACAAUCUAGAGGAAACACCGUUGCACAUAGCGACUCGGAAUGAACACUGGCCACUCGUGGAGCUGCUGGUGUAUCACAAUGCGGACGUCGGCAGCAUAAAAGACGGUAACACCGUCCUGCAUAUUGCGUGUUUCAUAGCCAAGAGCCAGAAUCAACAGAGUGUCGUGCCUACACCCGAAAGUAGCCGAGAUUCACCACUUAUAUAUGGUAUUUGGCAGAACCUAGCGAGGCAAGGCGCACAAACUGAAUUAGCAUUAGUUUGUUUCCUAAUAAGAGCGGACAAAAGCUGCAAACUUCUUAUGCAAGUCAGAAACAACAAAAACAUGACACCGUUUGAUCUUUUGGAAGACAAGCAACAGAUCGCUGUGCUCGCCUAUUUUCUAGGAUUUUACAAAUGCCAAGGUUACAACACGCAGUUAGAAAUAGAGAACAAUCCAUCGAAUAGUUCCGUAAAACCGCCUGCGUAUCGGAUAGUUAAUAUAUCGCAGUUGGAAAGAUUGCCCGGCGUGAGGAAGAAUAUAGCCCGCUUUGGUGACGCCGCGGAAUAUCGGGAUUGCUUGGGGAUCAUAACAGAGAACCGCACAAAUCAAGAGAACCGAAUUGAUCUCAACAGUAGUACCACACUCGUUGGAUACGAUCAUACUGUCGUCAUGACGCAAACGAUUCAAGACGAUCACCUGACGACGGACGAGGUCAUAUCCAAUCCGGAUAAAUCGAAGGACGUAUCGUCGGAGAUCAAACAGAAGGAGGAGAUUAGCGAUAGGGAGAAGGAGAAAGACAAAGGUCUGGAGCCCCUUACGCUCCAAAUAUUUCGUUAUUUGGGGAACAAAAUCGCAGAUAUGGAAGAGGCGAAUAUGUGCAGCAUCUGCGUAGAACGUCGUCGUAACGUCGUCUUUCUAUGCGGGCACUGCGCGUGUGAUCUCUGUGCCGUUCAACUAAACACCUGUCAUAUAUGCCGCAAGACGAUCACAAAAAUUAUUGAUUUAUAUUAGACUAUCCGAUCAAUAAUCGCGCAUCAGAAUGUUUAUUAUCAUGCGGUGCGUGUGCAGCGUAUCUCAAGAGAAAAGAUCGAUAAUAGCACCAGUGGUAAUAAUAAUAAAAUAGUCCUGAUGUAUCCAGUUUUAAACAGUAGAUGCUCGAACACAAUUCAGAACGUGAGACAUGUAUUCGCAGAAAAUUUUUUGCUCGCUAUAUUGCAUAUUUCCCUCGAGACACUCUGUUUGCUUUCUCAACAGGAAACUCUGCCAGCCACAGGAUGUCGGCAAAGGAGAAUAUUUAUUAAUUGAUCGUAAGGACGCUCAUCGUACUUUGAGGCCCGUUUUACAACACGUCGUAUGUCGGGUCGUAUGUAAGCCGCAAAUCGUUAAAACCUGACCAGUCACAAUCGAAUGUUCUUCUUAUAUUCGACUGUGAUUGGUCAACUCUUACGGCUUACGGCUUACGACCAAAGAUAUUGCUUACGACCCGACAUACGACGUAUUGCGGGACUGAUUAAAUUAAACUUACAAAAUGUACGCUUUAUUUCCACAAACAAUUUGUACGAAAGAGACAAAGCUUUUAUAUCAUAUCAAAUGCGCCGUCUUGCCAGUGAAACGGAUUUGAGCGGAACACGAGAAUUGCGUUGCUUGGACACAAAAUAGUUCGCUUUUACGAUACUUUUAUUUAAUUUGUACACAAUUAAAUUAAAAAUAUUGCAAUAAAAAAUAUCUAUUAAAAAA